GGCCGAGUCACGUGACGGUGCCAAGAUGGCGGCGCCGUGGCGGCGGCGCGGGCGCUGAGGGAGGCGCGGCCCUUCCGGGAGGUGCCGCGGGCCCCGCGCCCGCCCGGCUCCCGCUCCCGGCCGCGCCAUGGAGCCCCCGCCUCACGAGCAGGACGCCCGCACUAAGAGCAUGUUCGUGUCGCGGGCCCUGGAGAAGAUCCUGGCGGAGAAGGAGGCGAAGCGGCCCCCGCACGGGCAGCUGCGGACAGCCUGCCAGGUGGCGCUGGAUGAAAUAAAAAGUGAGCUGGAAAAGCCAAGAGAAGGCACUGCUGCUCCACCAAAAGCAAAUUUCAUUGAAGCAGAUAAAUAUUUCCUUCCAUUUGAGCUGGCCUGCCAGUCAAAGUCUCCACGCAUCGUCAGUACUUCCCUGGAUUGUUUACAGAAACUCAUAGCAUAUGGGCAUAUCACUGGCAAUGCUCCGGACAGCGGAGCUCCUGGGAAACGGCUGAUUGACCGAAUAGUGGAGACCAUUUGCAAUUGCUUUCAGGGUCCUCAAACAGAUGAAGGAGUACAGCUGCAGAUAAUUAAGGCUCUUCUCACUGCAGUAACCUCUCCAUAUAUAGAAAUUCAUGAAGGAACAAUUCUUCAAACGGUUAGAACGUGCUACAACAUCUAUCUGGCCAGUAAAAAUCUUAUUAACCAGACAACUGCCAAAGCUACCCUUACACAGAUGUUAAAUGUAAUUUUUACACGGAUGGAAAAUCAAGCUUUGCAGGAGUCCAGAGAAGCAGAGCGAGCGCAGAAGCCGCAGUCCCCCGCGGUGGCGGGGUCGCGGUCCCCACGGCCGGGGCAGCGGCAGCACGGCUCCUGGGGAGGCAGGGCUGGCACUGCUGGCACCGUGCUGGCCAACGGGGAGCCCGGCCCUGGGGAGCCCAUCCAUGGAGAGCCUGGCCCUGGAGAGCCCAUCCAUGGGGAGCCCAUCCAUGGAGAGCCCGGUCGCGGGGAGCUGCAGCGGGCGCCUGUCCUGCUGGCAGCAGAGGAAACAAUUGAUGGAGGAAAGGAAAUGGUUCAAGGCAUCUUGGAAGAUGUGGUGGAUUCAGCUGUGAAAGCGGCUGAAGAAAAGCGGGUAACAGAACCUGUCAAGGCUCUGCCUGCAUUAGAGACUGCAGAUACUCUUCUUUCUGGCUCUAGCAAUGAAAAUGUACAAACAAAUGGGAUUCCAGAUGAUGGGCAGUCGGUUUCCUCCACUGAUAAUCUGGAAACAGAUGUAUCUGGACAUCAAGCUGCUGCCAGAUUUUCCCAUGUUCUACAAAAGGAUGCCUUCCUUGUGUUCAGGUCAUUGUGCAAGCUCUCCAUGAAACCGCUGGGGGAAGGACCACCAGAUCCCAAAUCCCAUGAAUUGCGUUCCAAGGUUGUGUCUCUCCAGCUGCUUCUCUCAGUGCUGCAGAAUGCUGGUCUGGUUUUCAGGACACAUGAAAUGUUCAUCAAUGCAAUCAAGCAAUAUCUUUGUGUAGCAUUAUCUAAAAAUGGAGUCUCUUCUGUUCCUGAUGUGUUUGAGCUCUCUCUUGCCAUCUUCCUCACACUGCUUUCAAAUUUUAAGACCCAUUUAAAAAUGCAGAUUGAGGUGUUCUUCAAAGAGAUCUUCCUGAAUAUUCUAGAGACUUCUUCAAGUUCCUUUGAACACAAAUGGAUGGUCAUUCAGACUUUAACUAGAAUUUGUGCAGAUGCCCAGUGUGUGGUGGAUAUUUAUGUUAACUAUGAUUGUGAUUUAAAUGCUGCUAAUAUAUUUGAACGUCUUGUAAAUGAUUUAUCCAAAAUUGCACAGGGACGAAGUGGGCACGAGUUGGGAAUGACACCUUUACAGGAACUAAGCCUGAGGAAAAAAGGACUUGAAUGUUUGGUUUCUAUUUUAAAAUGUAUGGUAGAAUGGAGCAAAGACCUUUAUGUGAACCCCAACCAUCAGACUAGCUUGGGUUCAUAUAAACCAUCUGAACAGGAAAUGGCUGAAGGUAAAUGUCUGGACACUGGAGGGAGACGGAGUAGUGUCAGUUCCUUGGACUCCACUGUAUCGUCAGGAGUUGGAAGUGUUGGUACCCAGACUGCUGUCCCAGAUGAUCCAGAGCAAUUUGAAGUCAUCAAGCAACAAAAGGACAUAAUUGAACAUGGGAUAGAACUGUUUAAUAAAAAGCCAAAGAGAGGAAUACAGUAUCUACAGGAGCAGGGAAUGCUUGGCACUACAACAGAGGACCUGGCACAGUUCUUGCACCAAGAGGAACGCCUCUGCUCUACUCAAGUAGGGGAAUUUCUUGGGGAAAGCAGCAAGUUUAACAAGGAAGUGAUGUAUGCCUAUGUAGACCAGCUUGAUUUCUGUGGAAAAGACUUUGUCUCUGCUCUGCGUAUAUUUCUGGAAGGUUUUCGUCUGCCAGGUGAAGCCCAGAAGAUUGAUAGAUUAAUGGAGAAGUUUGCUGCUAGAUAUAUUGAAUGCAACCAACGGCAAACACUAUUUGCUAGUGCAGACACCGCCUAUGUUUUGGCAUACUCCAUUAUAAUGCUGACUACAGACUUGCACAGUCCACAGGUAAAAAAUAAAAUGACAAAGGAGCAGUACAUUAAAAUGAAUCGAGGAAUCAAUGACAGUAAAGACCUGCCAGAAGAGUAUUUAUCCACAAUCUAUGAAGAAAUAGAAGGAAAGAAAAUUGCAAUGAAAGAGACAAAAGAAUAUGCAAUUACAACCAAGUGUAGUAAACCAAGCGUAGCUAAUGAGAAGCAGCGGAGGUUGUUGUACAACUUGGAGAUGGAACAAAUGGCAAAGACAGCCAAAGCCCUCAUGGAGGCAGUGAGCCAUGCAAAAGCACCUUUCACCAGUGCCACUCACCUGGAUCAUGUCAGACCCAUGUUCAAACUUGUGUGGACUCCACUGCUGGCAGCUUACAGUGUUGGCUUGCAGAACUGUGAUGACCCAGAAGUUGCGUCCCUGUGUUUGGAAGGAAUACGCUGUGCCAUUAGGAUAGCCUGUAUCUUUGGAAUGCAGCUUGAACGAGAUGCUUAUGUCCAGGCCCUUGCUCGUUUUUCCUUGUUGACUGCCAGUUCCAGCAUUACAGAAAUGAAACAGAAGAACAUCGAUACCAUUAAGACGCUCAUUACAGUUGCUCACACAGAUGGCAACUAUCUUGGCAAUUCUUGGCAUGAGAUCUUGAAAUGUAUCAGCCAGCUGGAACUGGCACAGCUCAUAGGAACUGGUGUGAAAACUCGGUAUUUGUCUGGUUCUGGGCGUGAGAGGGAAGGCAGCACUAAGGGCUAUGCCUCUGCAGGAGAAGAGUUUAUGAGCCUGGGAUUAGGGAACCUCGUUGGGAGUGGGGCUGACAAACGGCACAUGGCGAGCAUCCAGGAGUCUGUGGGGGAGACCAGCUCGCAGAGUGUGGUGGUAGCAGUAGACAGGAUAUUCACGGGCUCCACGAGGCUGGACGGGAACGCCAUAGUUGACUUUGUGCGGUGGCUGUGUGCUGUGUCCAUGGACGAGCUGGCGUCCCCGCACCACCCGCGCAUGUUCAGCCUGCAGAAGAUCGUGGAGAUCUCCUACUACAACAUGAACCGCAUCCGGCUGCAGUGGUCGAGGAUUUGGCAUGUGAUUGGAGAUCACUUCAAUAAGGUUGGGUGUAACCCUAACGAAGAUGUUGCCAUCUUUGCUGUAGACUCAUUAAGGCAGCUGUCAAUGAAGUUUCUUGAGAAGGGAGAGUUAGCCAACUUCCGCUUCCAGAAAGACUUCCUAAGGCCUUUUGAGCAUAUUAUGAAGAAAAACAGAUCUCCGACUAUUCGAGACAUGGUGAUCCGCUGUAUUGCUCAGAUGGUCAACUCUCAAGCCGGUAACAUUCGUUCAGGCUGGAAAAAUAUCUUUGCUGUCUUUCAUCAAGCAGCGUCAGACCACGAUGGGAAUAUCGUAGAGCUGGCCUUUCAGACUACAGCACACAUAGUUACAAAUAUUUUCCAGCAGCAUUUUCCAGCUGCAAUUGACUCAUUUCAGGAUGCAGUAAAAUGCCUCUCUGAGUUUGCCUGUAAUGUUGCCUUCCCGGACACCAGCAUGGAAGCCAUCAGGCUUAUUCGCUACUGUGCAAAAUAUGUCUCAGAAAGACCACAGGUAUUAAGAGAAUACACAAGUGAUGACAUGAAUGUGGCUCCCGGGGACAGAGUAUGGGUCAGAGGAUGGUUUCCUAUUUUGUUUGAACUUUCUUGUAUCAUCAAUCGUUGCAAGUUAGAUGUUCGUACAAGAGGCUUAACAGUGAUGUUUGAAAUCAUGAAGAGUUAUGGACAUACCUUUGAAAAGCACUGGUGGCAAGACCUGUUUAGAAUUGUGUUUCGGAUUUUUGAUAAUAUGAAACUCCCUGAGCAACAAACGGAGAAAUCAGAGUGGAUGACCACGACAUGCAACCACGCCCUCUAUGCCAUCUGUGACGUGUUCACACAGUUCUAUGAAGCUUUGCACGAGAUCCUUCUUCCUGACAUACUUGCACAGUUACACUGGUGUGUGAAACAAGAUAAUGAGCAGUUGGCACGAUCAGGUACAAACUGCCUAGAAAACCUGGUAAUACUCAAUGGACAGAAAUUCAGCCCUGAAGUCUGGGGCCAGACAUGCAAUUGUAUGCUAGAAAUCUUCAAAACAACUAUUCCUCAUGUCUUGCUGACAUGGAAGCCUGUAGGAAUGGAAGAAGAUUCAUCUGAAAAACACUUGGAUUUGGACCUAGAUCACCAGUCUUUAAGCAGCAUGGAUAAAAAUGCUUCUGAAAGAGGACAAAGCCAGUAUUCAAAUCCAACAGAUGAGAGCUGGAAAGGUGGUCCUUACACAAACCAAAAACUAUUUGCUGGCCUCCUGAUCAAGUGUGUGGUACAGCUGGAGUUGAUACAGACCAUUGACAACAUAGUAUUCUAUCCAGCAACGAGCAAGAAGGAAGAUGCUGAGCACAUGGCUGCAGCUCAGCGAGACACAUUGGAUGCAGUUAUCCACAUUGACACAGAAGACCAAGGAAUGUAUAAAUAUAUGUCUUCUCAUCACCUUUUUAAGUUGCUGGAUUGUCUGCAAGAGUCUCACUCAUUUUCAAAAGCCUUUAACUCAAAUUAUGAGCAGCGAACUGUAUUAUGGAGGGCAGGGUUCAAGGGUAAAUCAAAACCCAAUCUCUUAAAACAAGAGACCAGCAGCCUGGCAUGCUGCCUGAGGAUCCUGUUCCGGAUGUACGUGGAUGAGAGCCGGCGGGAGGCCUGGGACGCGGUCCAGCGGCGGCUGCUCAGUGUGUGCAGUGAAGCCCUGGCAUAUUUUAUUACUGUCAACUCGGAAAGCCACAGAGAAGCCUGGACCAAUCUCCUGCUGUUGCUUUUAACAAAAACACUAAAAAUCAGCGAUGAUAAGUUCAGGGCACACGCUUCCACCUAUUACCCGUACCUGUGUGAGAUCAUGCAGUUCGACCUGAUCCCCGAGCUGCGCGCGGUGCUGCGCAAGUUCUUCCUGCGCAUCGGGGUGGUCUUCAACAUCUGCAUCACGGGCGAGCAGGCACGCGCAGCUGGCACCAGCCUGCCUUCCUGGUAGCUCCCUGUGAGGCUCUUACACCGGCCUGUACGUAAAGCUGUGGCCAGAGAUGGAUUGAAGUGGAUGGGAAAAAAUGGGACCCUGGUGUAGCACCACAGGAGCAAGUUAUUCUUACCACAAUGGCAUGUGGGAAUGAGGAAAAUAAUCCUGUUCUGUCCAUCCUACAGAAGUGUCAGCAGUUUUAUUUAAAUUAUUGCUUACAGAGUCAAUACAGUAGGUGUGCAGUCUCUUUGUUUCAGUGCUAAUCAUUUGUAUGAUCCAGUACGUCUCUUCUAGUCUUUUAUGUACUGCUCAGUCUUUCACCCCAGCUAGAGCUGAUAAAUCAGCUGGAUCUCUCCACCGAAGUUAUGCCCCUUGGAACUAAUGACUGUGUUUGUGUAGCCUUGUGAUGUUGGCAAGUGUUCAUAAUAAACUUGACUGUGGUGGCCAGUGACCACCCGAGGUCCCUCUGGGUUUUCCUUUGUGGCCAGGCCAGGCAGGGCAUUGGGCUGUUGACGUGGACAGCCUGGAGGAUAUUUGGAGAAGGUUUUCCUCCUGUUUAGCAAAUGACAUAAUUUUUUUAAUAUCAGUGCUGCAUCUUCUGAGACUUAUUUUUAGUUUUAUGGAAGAUUUUACAUCAGGAGCACCAAUAGCAUCUACUCCUUUAGCUUAUUAGGCUUGAGUUAAAGUCAUUUAAGAAAAAGAAAUUGCAUUCCUUUUCCUUUCCUACAUUGGCAGAUCAUAGAGCAUACACAAGAACAUCAAAAACAAGGCUCAGAAGAAAUAAACCCACCUUUUUGACCCUUGAAUAUAAUUUAGCAGUAAUGAUGACUGCUUAGCAAAAAGUCCAGUCCUUAACGCAAGUUUGUCUCCUUUUACUGCAGAUCUGCAUGUUCUGAUUUGUCAUUUUGUGCAAAUGAUUUUUAUUCUCAACUCUUAGUUCCUAGUGGCAUCUAAAAACCUGAAUUUCCAAAAAAAACUGCUCUAGCAAAAUUAAACAAGUUCAUUCACAUGCUCUAAGUUAACAACACAAUUCUGUGCUUUGAAGGCUUUCUGUGUAGCAAGAUGUGACAUGAGACCACAGCUUUGCCUGCCCAAGAGAGUUUGCUUUCUUUCCUUGAAAUGCAUUAGGUUUCUGUGACAAUGUUUCUAUAACAGGAUGAUGUCUUGACCUUUGAAAUAAUUUUGAAUUUCAAGUUUCAAGACUUUUCUAAACCGGGAAAGUUUGGGAUGGGAGGAGAGGCUCCACUUGCUAAAAUAAUGCAAAGUAGUAUUAACUGCUGUGCUAUCCAGAGUAGCUAACUUAAAAUAUUAACAGUAUUUAAAGAAAAAAAUAAACCAACAAACAGCAACAACAA